CUCGUUGGGCGCCAGCAGCAGUAUUGGUAGUGGAGGCAGCAACAUGGGUGAUGCUAGAAGUAGCGCUGGCAGCAGUAGUUCAGCUUCGAGCAGCAAAGCAGAGCGUGACAAGAAUAACGCGUCGUUAAAUGCGCUCAGUUCGCUAUCGCAAUUCGGUGCACUCGGCAUGAGUCCGCAGCAGAGUAUGCAAGCGGCAAUGAAUGCAUUUGCUGCCUCCAAUCCAGCAGCGGCAGCCGCAGCAGCAGCAGCAGCAUCGGCAGCGGCUAGCGGAGGCAAAAGUGGCAAGGAUUACAUGUCAUCGGGUAUACUCAGUGCUGCACUGGAAGGAAAUGAUCAUCAAUCUCUGCUGGGUGUACGCCUGCCACCCGAUACGGAAAUCAUCAAAUACACGUCGUCCAUUGUGGGACCCAAAAUACCCGGUACUACGUCACGUGGUCGCAAAAAGACUAUUUCAGACGAACAACAACAGCAACAAUUACUCGCACAACAACAACUUCAACAGCAACAACAAUUGCAAAAACAAGAGCUCGACGCUACAACAAAUGCACUUUCCUCUUUGCUUGCGAUUCCAGGGCUUAGCCCGGCUAAGCGUGCCCGCCUCGAAAUGGAGUACGCAGCAAUGGCGGCGGCGGUGAAUGUUGCUCAACAGCAACAACACCAACA